AAAAAAUUUAUGGAAAAGAUACUUCCGUUACUCCGUGGACUGAGUUUGAAAAACAACACAAAUCCUUGACAGGGCUGAUUGGCGGCGGUGGAUCGGGUGUUCAGACGAAGGACGGUACGCUUGUGUUGCCCGUGGAAGGCACGAAGGAUGGAAAGGCCGUUUCGCUGAUCAUAUGCUACUCAGUCACUGAGGGUGGGAAGCUGUCGAAGGGGAUGUCUGCCGAUGGCUGCAGUGAUCCCUCCGUCGUGGAGUGGAAGGGAAAACUCAUGAUGAUGACUGCGUGCGAUGACGGCCGCCGCAGGGUGUACGAGAUCGGUGACAAGGGGGAGUCGUGGACGGAGGCACUCGGGACACUCUCGCGCGUGUGGGGCAACAACCAAAAGCGACAUGAGAAGGGCGUUGGAAGCGGUUUCAGCACAGCGACGAUUGGGAACAGGGACGUGAUGCUCGUUACUCUGCCGGUGUAUUCAAACAGAAAGGGAAAAGAAAAGCGUGAACUUCAUCUUUGGCUGACGGACAAUACGCACAUUGUUGAUAUUGGGCCGGUGUCCGGUGAUGAUGACGCUGCCGCCAGCUCCCUGCUGUACAAAAGUGCUGGAGGUGGACAUAAUACUAAUGAGAGGUUGAUUGCACUGUACGAGAAGAAGAAGGGCGAUGGGGAGUCAUCACUCGGUAUGGUCUCUGUGCGUCUGACUGCGCAGCUGAAGCGGGUGAGGGAGGUGCUGGCGACCUGGAAGGAAGUGGACGGCCGUGUCUCCAAGCUGUGCCCUUCAACUGCUGCGAAGAAUCCCUCAACUGGCAAUGGCUGCAGCGCUGUUAAGAUCACGGAUGGGCUGGUUGGCUUUUUGUCCAAAAACUUCUCUGGUAACACAUGGAAGGACGAGUACCUCGGAGUGAACGCCACAGUAAGGAAAGGAACGAAUGGGGUGGCAACAGGGUAUGCGGAUGGAGUGACGUUCCAUGGAGCGUGGGCGGAGUGGCCUGUUGGGAGGCAGGGGGAGAAUCAGCUGUACCACUUUGCGAACCACAACUUCACUCUUGUGGCGACGUUGUCCGUCCACGGUGAGCCGAAGGGAGAUACCCCCAUUCCAUUGAUGGGUGCGACGAUGAAUGACAACAAGAAGACUGUGCUCCUGGGACUGUCGUACGACAAAGAGGGGAAGUGGCAGUUGCUGUGCGGUGGCAAAACGACCAAGGAGCUCCGCAGUAAUUGGGAGCCAGAGACAACACACCAGGUGGCCAUUGUGCUACGGAACGGCACCCAGUGCUCCGCGUACGUCGAUGGUCAGCGUGUGGGAGAUGCGCCAUGUGAAUUGAACAACACGGAUUCGAAAGGAAUCUCCCACUUCUACAUUGGAGGGGAUGGGGGCAGCGCAGGGAGCAAGGAAGACGUGCCUGUGACCGCGACGAAUGUCCUGCUGUACAACCGCCCGUUGGAUGACAAUGCGAUCCGCGUCCUCAACGCAAACAAAAUUUCUAUUCCGAAGCUGACAGGUCUGAAAACAGUGGCGGCAGAAGCAACGGGUGUCGGUGCCGCUCGCCACUUUGGGGCAAAUGGUGAUGGCAGCGCUGUUUGCGGAGGCGGACUGCUGCCGCUGCUCCUUCUGCUGGGACUGUGGGGGAUUGCCGCUUCUUGA